AUGAACCUUCUUCUUCCUUCUCCCACACUCUGUUCUUCCUCUCCUCAUUCCUCACACCGCCCUCCGCCGCCGCCCCACCGCCACCUCCACUUCCGAACAUCACACCGGGAAAACCUCCGGUACCUAAAAUCCCUUGGUAUCAUCCAACCAAGCUUCACAAAACCCCCAUCCCCCGAAACCCUAUCCCAAAUCCUCUCAACCAUAAACUACUUCAAAUCCAAGGGAUUUUCAGAGCCAGAUUUCCCACGAAUCGCCUUUCUCUCCCCACAUCUCUUCUCUCCAACCUUCAAUCCCAUCACCAUCGAUCCAGUUUUCCAUUUCUUAGCCGUCGAUUUAGCCGCAUCGCCGGAGGAAUCCCGUGGAUUGAUUCUCAAAUGCCCUCACAUCCUCGAAUCGGACCCAGAAUUCUGCUUGAAACCAACCCUCGAGUACCUGAAAAAAUUGGGGAUUACACGGUUGCAAUCUCCAACGACCUUGAACGCUCAUUUACUGGAUACAAGAGUGAGUAAAAUGGAAGAGAAGAUGAGAUUCUUACGAGGAGUUGGGUUUUCCGAUGAGGAAUCGAGAAGGGUUUGUGGGAGGUUUCCGGCGAUAUUUGGGUAUGGUAUAGAGAAUAAUUUGAGGCCGAAAUUUAAGUAUUUGGUUAUGGAGAUGAAGAGAAAUGGGAGAGAUGAAGUGAAUAAGUUUCCACAGUAUUUUGGAUUCAGUUUGGAGAAUCGGAUUAAACCCAGACAUUUGCAUUUGAAACGAAGGAAUGUUGAUGCUGCUGAGGUACCAUUGAAUCGGAUGUUGUUGUGGAGUGAUGAAAGAUUUUUCAAGAAAUGGAAAUAA